GGCGAUCUGUGGUUCUUCCCCGCCGGUGUCCCUCACUCCCUUCAGGCCACGAAUGCGACCGAGGACGGGACUGAAUUCCUUCUGGUCUUUGACAAUGGCACCUUCGACGAGGACGGCACGUUCCUCAUCACCGACUGGCUGGCACACACCCCGAAGGAAGUCAUCGCUAAGAACUUCCAGGCGCCCAUCUCCGUCUUCAACGAGCUUCCGGGCGAGGAGCUCUACAUCUUCCCUGCGGCGUCUCCCGGUCCCGACUCGGAUGCGCCAGUGAGCCCGUACGGCACCGUGCCGAACUCAUACACAUUCACGAUGUCCCAGAUGCCCGCGAUUGAACUCUCAGGAGGGUCUGUCAAGAUUGUGGACUCGCAUGUGUUCAGCACCUCGAAGACGACGGCUGUCGCAGAGGUGGCGGUCAACCCUGGCGGGAUGCGCGAGCUGCACUGGCAUCCGAUCCAGGACAAAUAG